AUGAAUGAAGCCAAUCACUCUGUGGUGUCUGAGUUUGUGUUCCUGGGACUUUCCAAUUCAUGGAAGAUCCAGCUCCUCCUCUUUUUCUUUUCCUCUGUGUUCUAUGCUGCAAGCCUGAUGGGGAACCUCUUCAUUGUAUUAACUGUGAUCUAUGACCCUCGCUUAAAGUCCCCCAUGUACUUCCUGCUGGCCAAUCUUUCCAUCAUCGACUUGGUAUUUUGCUGCACCACAACUCCCAAGAUGAUUUCGGACCUUUUCAGAAAGCACAAAACCAUCUCCUUUGAGGGAUGUAUAGUUCAAGUCUUCUUUACCCAUGCAAUUGGGGGUACUGAGAUGGUGCUGCUCAUCGCUAUGGCCUUUGACAGGUAUGUGGCCAUAUGUAAGCCCCUGCACUACCUGACCAUCAUGAGCCCAAGGAGAUGCAUUAUAUUUUUGAUUACUUCCUGGAUUAUUGGAUUUAUUCAUUCGGUGACUCAGUUGGUUUUUGUUGUAGACUUACCUUUCUGUGGCCCUAAUGAACUGGAUAGCUUUUUUUGUGACCUUCCUCGACUGAUCAAACUUGCCUGUACAGAGACUUACACACUGGGAGUCAUGAUUGUUGCUAAUAGUGGUUUUAUUUCUGUGGCUGCCUUUUUAAUUCUGAUUAUCUCUUACAUCUUUAUUUUGGUGACUGUUCAGAAAAAAUCUUCGGGCAGCAUUUCCAAGGCCCUCUCUACCUUGUCAGCUCAUGUCACUGUGGUCAUUUUAUUCUUUGGGCCACUGAUCUUUUUCUACAUAUGGCCAUUUCCUAUAUCGCAUCUAGACAAAUUCCUUGCCUUAUUUGAUGCAGUCAUCACUCCUUUCCUAAAUCCAGUCAUUUAUACUUUUAGGAAUAAGGACAUGACGGUGGCAAUGAGGAGAUUAUGUGCUCAGUUUGUGAGUUACAUUAAAAGAUCUUAA